UUCAUGUGCAGUGCAUGCUGUUCAUGUGCAGUGCAUGCUGUUCAUGUGCAGGGCAUGCUGUUCAUGUGCAGUGCAUGCUGUUCAUGUGCAGUGCAUGCUGUUUAUGUGCAGUGCAUGCUGUUCAUGUGCAGUGCAUGCUGUUCAUGUGCAGUGCAUGGUGUUCAUGUGCAGUGCAUGGUGUUCAUGUGCAGUGCAUGCUGUUCAUGUGCAGUGCAUGGUGGCAUGCUGUUCAUGUGCAGUGCAUGCUGUUCAUGUGCAGGGCAUGCUGUUCAUGUGCAGUGCAUGCUGUUCAUGUGCAGGGCAUGGUGUUCAUGUGCAGUGCAUGGUGUUCAUGUGCAGUGCAUGCUGUUCAUGUGCAGGGCAUGCUGUUCAUGUGCAGUGCAUGCUGUUCAUGUGCAGGGCAUGGUGUUCAUUGCAUGCUGUUCAUGUGCAGGGCAUGCUGUUCAUGUGCAGUGCAUGCUGUUCAUGUGCAGGGCAUGCUGUUCAUGUGCAGUGCAUGCUGUUCAUGUGCAGGGCAUGGUGUUCAUGUGCAUGCAUGCUGUUCAUGUGCAGUGCAUGCUGUUCAUGUGCAGGGCAUGCUGUUCAUGUGCAGUGCAUGGUGUUCAUGUGCAGUGCAUGCUGUUCAUGUGCAGUGCAUGCCGUUCUUCGCUCGCCAGCACCAACGAUGCUCUCCCCUGGUCGCCUCAGAGAUCCCCGCGGGCGACCUGCUCGAGGUGGAGGACGAGGAUGAGGAGGAAGCGGGCGCGUGAGGGAGCAGCGGGCACGUGAUGCGGGGCUUCUGCGAGGGGCGCCUGUUGGUGGAGGAAUGCAAAUGGUACCCUCCCCCCCACGUGCCCGCCUCCUUCACACCACACCACACCUUCCCCUCCUCCCCCUCGCCCCUCUCCACCGCACCUGCUUCCACCACGCCAGCACCGCCCCCAGCAGCCCCCCCAGUGGACCCUUCUCUGCGUGCAGCCGUAGAGGGCGUGGCAGCCAUGGUGGCGCGCUGCGGGGUGCACGUGGAGGGGAUCAUGCGGGCGCAGGCCGGGGAGGGGAAGGGCGAGGGGGAGAAGGGAGGAGAGGGCUUGUACUAUGCGAGGCGCGUGUGGGAGCUAAGGGAGAGGCAGAGGGCGAACGAGGGCGGGGCAGCAGCGGGCGUGGCAGCGGGGAAGGCGGGUGGGAGUGGGGAUGGUGGUGUGCGGCUGGGCCCUGAUGCGCGCGGCAUGAUGCUGGGCGAGCAGCCGCUACCUGCCUCGCUGCCCCCCCUCGCAUGGGCACCACCAACUCUGCCUGCGUCUGCCCCUGUCUCCGCCCCUGGACCUUCCUUUUCGCCUCCCACCGCCCCUGCCGUGUCGGCCUUCCAGCAGCACGGGGCAGCGGCUGAGCUGGCGGCAAUGAUGGCAUCGCGCUUCCAGAGCGGCGGGCACGAGGAUGUGAAGGCCAAGGGUGGCAUGGGCACUGAGAGGGCGGCGGUGGGUGCUGCUGCUGCGGCAGGGGCAGGAGCAGCGCUGGCAGGGGCAGGCGCAGCAGGGAAUGCGGCAGCAGCAGGGGAGGCAACGGUGGUGGCACGGCGGCGGGAGGAGGCAUGGCGGUUGCUGCCUCUGCUGUGCAAACGAUUCAACCUGCCGGACCCGUUUGCAGGGAAGGCCCCUCCUCCCCCCCUCCAUCGCCCGUGUCAGCUCGACACGCUCACCUCCUUCCCUCAGACCCGCCCCUCAGCUGCUCCCACCCCCACUCCUCCCUCCUCCUCGACGCUCCUCUCCCUCCCUGCCCCCCCCUCUGCUGCUGUGACCGCUGCUACUGCUGGGCGUUACGGGGGAGUUGAGUGGGAGGAGGAAAGUAACAUUGGAGAAGUCGGGGGGGAGAGGAAGGAGGAGGAAGGGGAGGAGGAGGAGGAGGGGCGGGGAGCGGCUGAGAACCGGCCCUUGGAUCUGUUCAAGGCCAUCUUUUCAGAUGAGGAAGACGACGAUCACGAUUCCCAUGCCAUGUCAGCGGCACCGGCUGGCAUCGAUGACAUGGCAGCGGCAGAAGCAGCCACGCGGGCGUUGGCCCGGCUGGAGGCGGGCGACUUCCUGGAAGGACUGGGCGAGGAGCUGGGGCUGCAGGUGGACCCGGGGGAGGCGGGGGAGGAGCAGCAGACGCAGCAAGGAGGCAGUGAAGGCCGUGUGGGUGAUGCACGUGGUGACGCAGGGGAUGGUGGUGGUGGAAGGGGUGCAGCUGCUGCGGUGGGGGAAGCAACAGGUGCUGUGGUGGCUGUGAAGAGCAAGAAGCGCGUGCUGACAUCAUCAUCGUCGUCGUCGUCAGCAGCGUCUGGAUCAUGUUCUGAGAGCUCUCUGUCUUGGGGGAGGGGAGAGAGGAGGAGGAGGAGGAAGGAGGAUGGGGAGAAGUAGAGGAGGAAGAAGCGGUCACAUGCGAGUGAUGGGGAGAGAAAGCGACGGAGGCGGAGGAGAAGAGACAGUGCGAGCGAAGAGAGUGAGGAGUCAGACGAUACGGAGAGGAGGAGGAGGAAGAAGCGGCGUGGGAAGAAGGAAUCACGGAGCAAGCGGCGCAAGACAAGCCAUCUCAGCAGCAGCGAGAGCAAUGGGAGCAGCAGUGAGGGUGACUACUCUGGGCGUGACAAAAGUGAGAGGCGGCACAAGAGCAAGCGACGACAUGGUGAGAAGAGGGAGCACAAGAAGCGAAGGAACUGACAUCAGGGGCUAUGUCUGGCGUGGAUUCACGCCUAAGGGGGACCAGCAGUCAGGGCGUCUCAACCUCAUGCGGAAGGGCGUAUGGUAUUUUGGGAUGGUAGUGACAAUCAUUAGUGCAAAGUUUUUGCUGUAGAAUAUAUUGUGUAGUGCUCG